CACCGCGCGACUAUAGCGGAAGAGACGUGGCAAGAAAAUAUCCUUUCCGGAAGAAAAUGUUACUCCACUAUGAAGCUAAGUAACUAGGCUGGCACAUUUUAUACAGUAGAGAGACGAUCGAUUUGUAGUGAUUCAAUCCCUGAAAUCCCGUUUGACAGGCAGACCAUGGGUCUGUGUAAGUGUCCGAAGAGGAAGGUGACGAACCUGUUCUGCUUCGAGCAUCGGGUCAAUGUGUGUGAACACUGCCUGGUGUCCAAUCACAGCAAGUGUAUCGUCCAAUCCUACCUGCAAUGGCUCCAGGACAGCGACUACAAUCCUAACUGCACUCUGUGUAACCAGCCUCUAAAUUCCCAGGAAACUGUGAGAUUAGUGUGCUAUGAUUUGUUCCACUGGUCCUGCCUGAAUGAACUGGCAUCACGCCUGCCCCUGUACACGGCUCCAGCGGGUUACCAGUGUCCAACAUGCCAGGGACCUGUUUUUCCUCCCUCCAACCUCGCCAGCCCCGUGGCUGACAUGCUGAAAACGCAACUGUCCUCAGUGAACUGGGCACGAGCAGGACUGGGCCUUCCACUGGUGGAAGACCAGCCUGUGGUGGAAGAAACCACAGCACACGAUGUGACUGAUUAUACAGACUGGACCUUCGAUGCACCUUCUGCCGAAUCGUCCAUGUCUGCCCCGUCACACUCUUAUCCUCUAGAACCAACAGUCACUUCAGCCUGUUCCCAUCAGGACUUGGGGCACGGUCACAGCCACGGGCAUGGUCACAGCCACAGCCACGGGCACGGUCACAGCCAUGGGCAUGGUCACAGCCACAGCCACAAUAAUGGAGGAUUGGGGGUACAAGAGCACUCCGUCAUCGACAUGAUCACAGCCACUGCACCGGAUACUAUCGUCAUAAACAAAGCUUCUUCACCUAGGAAGGUGUAUGACACUCGAGAAUCAGGCCACGCUUCAGCCACUCAGAUCGACUUUGAUGAUGAUAAGUAUCGGCGGAGACCAGCACUCAGCUGGUUCGCACAGAUCCUGAAGAACCGCUUAGGCCCUAAGAGAAGGUCGUUCACACUAAAGCAGAGGAUCUUCAUGCUCCUUAUCCUGGGAGUGAUCGGCUUCUUCACCCUCAUCAUCAUCAUGGCCAAGCUGGGCCGGGCUUCUGCUGACGAAGACCCUAACCUGGACCCCUUGUUCAACCCUAACAUCAGAGUGGGCAACAUGUGAACUGAGUGCGGCUCCUGUAGUAGAAAACGAGCAGGAAGAGCAGCGUGACUGUCCUGAAGGGCCGGGACCAAUGCGUAAAAUGCCUGUUCUUAUUGUGGGAAUGAUGAUAAUCCAGUCAUUGUUGAAAAGUCUCCUGCUUAAAUUGACCAGUCGUCCAUUUGAAUUAACGUCGGGAAGGCACUCUGGAUGUUUAGAGCAUAUUUAAUACUUUGCAGCGCGUUCGUGUCUGUGUGAACGCGGUAAUUGGAUAGGUGUGAGUGUUUUUAUUGGGAAAGAGAAAGCAAUAUGAUUCAUUUACAUACUAAAACAAAACCGUAGAAUUUGAGUGUUUGCAGAUUCCACGGUAUCAGAUACCAAAGCUGUUCUUUGCAGCUCCAAAUAGAAACGAGUGACACCAGUGAGAUAAAGGGGUGUGUGUGUGUGUUGUACGCAAUCAUCAAUAUGGUUCAUGCCAUGUUUCCGAGUGAAGACUAGGUUCAAAAAUGACACAUGCAUUUUUCUGACUAAAUAACCCGGUUAAACAUCAUCCAAUCUGUCCACGUGUUCAAUCUGUAUAUUCCAAAAUGUGUAGUUUAUUCUGUAAAGUAUGUUCAGAUUCCGAUUGGAAUCCGAAUACAGUCCACAGGGUUGAUCUUCGGUCUAUAACCUGAAGAUCGUCCAGUUACUUUUGUUUGUAUAUCUGAUCACACUUUAAAUGAGGGUUCUCUUAACUGAUGUUAUUUAAGGCAUUAUCUAACACCAAGAAAACUUGACACUCGUAUAUAGGCAAUUGAUUGAUUUAUUUAUUUUUUUCCUUUUAAACAAAAGCAAAACGGUUGAAUUAACAAAUAUAAGUAGCAUCAAUGAGCAAAAAAUCAAGCACGUAAUAAUAAUCACCACAUACCAGUAGCAAAUGUUUGCGAUUAUUCAUUGAAAAGGUUUAGUUUUAAUAGUUAUUCACCGAGAACUGCUGUGUGAGAAUUUUUGAUCAUAGUAAGUGGACUUUUAGUCAUGGAUUGAAUAAAACCUGUGAAUGCUGGUUUC